AGUGUGGUGAGAGGCGGACAGCGAGCGGAGCCGAGCCCGGGGCUACAGGCCGAGUCAGGAGACCCCCCCCUUCCCCUCCUCCCACCUACCCAUCGGGAGACUGCGGAGAGAGGGGCUGGGAGCGAGUCCCCGGCUCUGGGGCCUGAGUCAAUCAGACCACCCCCCCCCCCCCACCCCACACACACACCCCCUCACAGCAGCGACCCCCUCCCCCGGCUUCACUCUAAGGCCAGGUCGGCCUGGGGCCGGGAUGGAAGCGACGGCAGGUGAAGGUGAUGGAGGCCCGGCCGUAGCUGCCCUCCGGCGACGGAACAAUGAGCCCGCGGCCGAUCGGGAUGAGACGGCGGCCGAGAAUGAGGCGAGCUCAGCAGGCAGAAGAAGAAACAAGAGACCGAGGCCUCCGGGAGAGGAGCAGAGCGGCCCCGAAGAAGAAGAUGAAGCAGCAGCGGCGGCAGGGGGCUCGAGUUCAGGGGAGUUACCACGGGACGGAGGCCCGGGUGGCGGCGACGACCAGCAGCAGCAGCAGCUCCCCCAAGACGGGGGCUGCAGCCAGUCGGGCCCUGAGGCCGGGGCUGGAGAGGAGCCCAGGGCCGAGGUGACGGGGCCCAGGACGCGCUCGGCCAGUGGCCGGCUUCCCAGAGCUAACGGGCUCGCCAGGCAGCAGGACGGUCCGGGGGCAGCGGCCGCUCUCGGCGGCAGGUGUAAGGCGGCCGACCCGCAGCCUCCCGAGCUCGGGGAUCAGCAGCAGCAGGACGGAGGAGGAGGCGGCGGCAGCGAGAGUGACCGAGAGCAGGAGGCCGAGGAUCCCAGCUACGAGGUGCAGCAGGGCCGCCGGAUCCUGAGCGAGUUCCUGCUCGACAAGCACAAGAACCUGACGGCCCCGUUCGCCCACCCCGGCGAGCCGGCCGAGAGCUGCCAGCAGCCCGUCUGGCUGUACAAGAUGGAAGAGAAGUUCGAGCAGAACCAGUACGGCGGCAUCACCGACUUCGUGGCCGACUUCAGGCUGAUGCUGGAAAGCUGUUACCGGCUCCACGGCGUGGACCACUGGCUUUCCAGACAGGCUCAGAAGUUGGAGAUGAUGUUGGAGCAAAAGUUGACGCUGUUGUCAAGGCCACUAAGAGAGAAGACGACCAUCGCAGUAACAUCAAAAGGCCGUUAUGGUUUGGAAGAGGAGCGAGGAACAGUGUGCACUUCCACUCGUCGACGUUCCAUGCCCCGCAGCUUAGGGGGCAUGUCGACAGGCAUAACUGAGUCCAUAAUGAUUCAGGCUUUGCGACAAGAAGAACAGCAGCGGGCAAGGGAAGAAAAGAGAUUACGUGAACAGGAGAGGAAAGAGGCUGAAGAAGCUGUCCAAAAAGAGAUUGAAGAAUGGGAGAAGAAUCUAAGAGCCCUGGCUGAACCUACCCGCAUGGAGACACUUUGGGAGAUCCCUGCCAUUGGUCAUUUUCUGUGUCUGGCUCAGCAGAUCCUUAAUUUGCCUGAAAUUGUCUAUUUUGACCUUGAACGUUGCCUUCUAAUGCCCCAGUGUAGUGGUUUUCUGGCUAAGAUAAUGACUUCUUUGUUGAGCCCUCAUCAUCGCCGAGCAACUUUGCACCGGAAGCCACCAUUGCCCUACAAAAUGUGGGAAGCUGCACUGAAACGAAGAGUACUUCAUUGGUAUGUAGUGGUCAGCCAAGCAGAAAAUCGUAAUCUACAUGCUGAGAAAUUGGGCCUUAGUCCACAGUUUUUCUGUGUUCUGGGGGAAACUAGCCCUUUGGAAGUAAAAGCUUUCCACCAGUUAACAUUUUACAAACGAGUUUGGUUACUGAAAGGCUUGUGUGAUUAUGUAUAUGAAACCCAGAAAGAGGUCCAAGAUGCAGUUUUAGGGCAGCCCAUCCACGAAUGCAGGGAAGUGAUACUGGGAUAUGAUUCUCAUGAGAAUGCCUAUGUCCAUUUCCCACAGUUUUGUGGUGCAGACUUGCGGAUUUACAAACAAUCUCCUCUUCCACCCCCUGAAUUUCCUAUCCCGCCUAUCAAAAUCUGCAGGAUGUCACAACAGAAAUCAGUGGAGGCAAAAAGUGGACUUUCUCCUGAAAGCCUUGAGAAACCAAAAAGUAACAAAAAGGAACCCAGUAUCAAAACAACACAUGAUUCUAAAAAGUCCAAUGAAGGACUUGACUCUAGCGACUUGGAGGAUUUUUAUUUAAAAGUAGAACCUGGUCCCCAAUUCCUUUCUCAAGAAGGUGAAGAAGAAAUAAAAUUCAACUGUGAAUGUAAAAUCCAUAGAACUUCUACAGUGAAAAAAGAAAAUGUUGGUUCCUGUAAAGAAAAUUUAGUGAAGCCUGCUAGCCCUGGAGAGGUUGUAGGAUAUGGGGAACCUCUUAGCCCAGGAGAAAUUAGAAUAACUGAAAAUGGGGAAUUUUGUACAGAUGACCCUGAACUAAGAAAGGGUGUAAAACCAUUGACUGAGAAGGCAAUCAAAAGCUGCAAAACGCUCAUUAAUGGAAGCCAUACUGAAAAUUUGGAUGUAAGCUGUCUGGUUGGUAAAAUAAAUAAUAUUUCUGCAAAACAUUUCUUGGGGAAAAUUGAGGAGCUUGAGAUAGUUAAACUCCAUGUCAAGAAAAAGAAGAAGAAGAAAAAGAAACUGAAAGAUACUAUGAAUAAGAUUUCACAGUUGAAGCCAGAUAUGGUUUGCCAAAAUCUAAUGAAGAUUCGGAAACCAGGAAUCCAGAAGAAAUCCCUAUUGAUAAAAAAGAAAACAAAACACAAAAAGCACAAGUCUGCAAAGAAACCAGAUUCUGAAAAGGCAGAGGAGAAGAAGAAGAAGUUGGUACCACCACCGUUGCCUACAAUGCCACAGUUUCAGCUCAUUUGCACUAGUCUUGAUGAACUCAGGGAACUCAUUGCCAAAAUGGAAGGAGAGCUAAAAGAACUGGAAAGUAAUAAGAAGAAAUCUGAGAAAUGGUUUUACAGACGACAAGCUUUAAAAGAUUUACAUGGUACUCUAGGACGGCUGCUGAAUGAACUGUUGCCGUGGGAACAAAAACUAAUCAAGGCUUAUCAGAGAAAUCGAGCUCGAAUGAAGAAAGACUUUGAUGACUUUAAAAAACAGCCUGAUAAUGAUGUGUUCCUUAGAGAUACCUUGCCAAGCGAAGAAAUGGAUGGAGAGCCUAUAAAAGACAUACUUCCAAAUGAAGCUGGGUCCUCAAACUUUGCUGACCAUCAAGAAAUAUUGAAGAAAGAAUGCUCUGAAAUAGAUGACAUGAAGCAGCCAGACCUGGAGAUACCUGCAGGUAAACAGAAGCCCAUUAGAAGAGAAUGUCCCAAUAAAGAAACACAGAAACAAGCUUCCAAGAAUCUUAAAAGGCAAAUCAAAUGUAGUGAUCUUGAUGAAUGUUGGAAAGAAUCUCCUCCUAGUAAAAAGACUAGACCAAGCACAAAUGAAGCUGCUGCAGAUCACAACAUAGUAAGUGUGCCAUCUGGUACUGAGCCUGGAAACCAAGAUAAUGAAUCAAAAUCUGCAACAGUACAGACUCCAGUUGAAUCAGUUACCAGCUUGGGCAAGCCAGAUGAACAUUCUGUGAAGUUAGAUGCUUCAAAAGGUGAGAUAACUAAUGUAUCAAGAUCAGCUGUACAAAAAGGGACCAAACCUAUUCAAGCCUUACUUGCAAAACAUAAUGGGAACAAAGUGACCUUAACCAGUCAGACAUCCUCCUCUGUGAGAGAGGCAAGCAAUCCAGAAGAGAAAAUAACUGCAGUUGCAUCGCAUCCAAGUCCAGCAAAGUCCUAUUUACCACCUCUUGCAUCUUCAAAAGGGCCACUGCAGAUGGUGUAUAAAAUGCCUGAUGGAUCUUGUGUGCCAAUUGAUUUGAGUAGCGGCCAGAUUAAGAUUGCAGUCCAACCUGUUAUAGACGCAAAGACUGGAGAAAGGAUCAUGCAGCAGGUACUUAUUGUACCCAAAAACUUACUGGCCCAACAACAAGAUGGCAAAUCUGUUGAAAAAGAAAGUCCACCCAAGGCACGAAAGGAGCUGGAGAAACGAGCCUCAGUUGGCUCUCAAACUGCUGAUUUGGGACAUUCUGCUUCAGUAGACCUUCAGUCUCUGUCACCUGCUCAAGUUCAGUCACAGAUAUCUAAUUUAAGGCAGGGUAGGAGCACUGCAGGUUCAACAACAGUAAUAACUUCUGUUAGUCAGCCAACAAAAGUUAUAUCAUCUUCAUGUAAACUUUUAUCCUCAUCAAUCAUUGCACCACAAGGAAGGGUGGAAGUGUCUGCAGUCGUAGCACCUUCAGUUACGUCAUCAAAUACUAGAGGUGGUCAAUCAGCUAUUCAACCAGUAACACCAACGAAAACACCGAGCAGAUCAAUAAGUAAUACUGGAACUGCUCAGAGCUUCAACUCUCAGAAGUCAAAGGAAUCAAAUGAAACAAAGCAAGAACUUAAAACCGUGUGCAUACGAGAUUCUCAGUCCAUCUUAGUCAUGACACGUGGUGGAAACACGGGUGUUGUUAAGGUGCAAAGCAACUCUGACCAAAACUCACCUAAUGCUAUUACUCCAAGGCCAAUAUUUACUUUUUUACCAGAUGUUCAGAACCUUGUUGUAUCAAAAACACAACCAUUGUCACCAUUGACCUCUUUUCUUGUUCCAGCACAGACUUCCCUUACAAAUAUUGGCCAACUUCCUGUUUCCAGUUCCAUUUCACCAGUUUCAUUAGGCCUAAACCAAUUGGGUGGGGAACCAAUUAAAUUAGGGUCUUGCAAUACUGUGAAUAAUGCAGGAGUUAUACCUGUUCAUGUGCCUCUGCCCACAGUUUUGUCAACUGUUUCAGAGAGCUCAACUGUGCACACCAGUACCCACAAUGCCUUGAAUUUAGUUAGUGGUCCUGUUGGUGGAUUAGCUAGUGAAGGUCCAGUCCAAAAUAAGGCAACAGUAGCUCAAGCACCGUCAUUACAACUCUCACUUGAUACUGCAAAUGGCAAGCAGUUAUUUCUGACACCACCAGACUGUAAUAAGGCGGGAGGUAGCACAUUCUUGGCUGGGACUGCAAUGCCAAAACUUUUAUUGGUUCCAAAUCCCCCUGCUACACCUUGUGGCACAAGUCAAGUCAGUAUAGCACCCACAAAUGUGCAACCUCAAAAGUUAGUCUUUAUGAGUCCAUCGGUGUCUUCAAUAUCCUCAUCCUCCAACUUAGUAUUAACAAAACCACCCCAACAACAGCUUGCACCCCCUUUAAACACAACACCGAUGGCUGUGAAAAAUGCAGACCCUUGUCAGGUGGUGCUGGUACCUUACACUGGGGAAACACCAAUUAAAGCCAAUCCUUUACCUGCUCCAUUUCAGGUAAAAGAGGUUAAGAAGGGAAAUCCAGCCCACCUUGUAAGAAACAGCAUCCAGAAAAUCCCAGGAAUCAGCGUUGUGCCGACACUUUCUACAAAGGGCGGAGAUGGAUUAUCUAUCAAGAAUACUGUCUUACCAACAACUUGUAUUAGUACUUCAAUUCCUUCAGUUGUGAUGGGAAAUCAGAGCUCCACAUCUUUUAGAAAUUCUACUGGAAUCAAAAUGUGUGUUAGAAACGCAUAUACAGUGGCAACAGCGGCUACAGGUGCAACUCUUCCAACACCAACUUUUGCAACAUUUGGUUCACUUCCCACUGCUUUGCUUAAAGGAAAUGACAAUAUGUCUGGGUCUAAUCAAGGGAUGUUAUCAACAAGACUUCCUGUUGCUAUUUCAACAGUGAAAGCAGAGCACCUUGCUUCCUCAAUGCUUCUUGCGUCUGCACAGCCAAAGAUGUCACAUCAGUCACUGACUCCCUCUCUUCCUUUGCCAAUUACAACUGCUUUACCAAACCCAAUAACAGUCAAUUCAAAAAUGGUACCAACAAACACUCAACCAGUAAGUACAGCCUUUUCUCCACAAAUUGCACAUUUUUCAAAAAACAGUUGUCAAACAGUCAUUCGUUUUCCAAGUCCAAACACAGUAUCCCCAACCAAUACAAGUACUGUUCCGAGGUUUGCAGCUGUGCAAGCAGCUACUCGCCUGAGUACACCUACUGUUGGCAAUGUGUUCUCUCCUGCUGGUUUGGGUCUUAACCUGACACAUCAAACAAUGGUACACAGUUUAACAAAACAUCCAGUAAGCACUAAUACGGUUACUGCAACUACUUCACUAAUACAGCCUGUAGCAACUGUACCAUCUUCUGUCAGUAAAGUGUCAGGACCAUUAAACGAAUCUUGUAUACGGCAGAAAAUUGUUAUCAACACAAGUACUCCUUUGGCACCAGGGACUCAAAUAGUCAUUAACAAUCAUCGAUUUAUUGUUCCACCUCAAGGCCUUGGAUCUGGUAGCCAUGUCCUGCUGAUUUCCAAUACACUGAAACCGAGUAGUUCUCAAGCAGUAAAUUUAAAUCCAGGACCUCAUACAGGAACUGAUGUUACAUCUGCAUGUCAGAAGGCAAUGAUGGUUUCUGCUAUACCCCACCGUUCUCAAUCCUCUCCGUCUCCUUGUGUUGUUCCACCUGAAAAGUUACUUCAAAACCUCUGUGCUCAGAGUGCUGCACAAACAAUAACUGCUGUUUCUAGACCUGUUCAGCUUACAACAGGAUCAACACUGAUAAGUGGCCCUACAGCAAGACCUCAACUUCAGACUGCAGUAUGCAAAUUCCAAACCCCUGCAAGCCAGAGUGCCACAGUUCUUCCAGUAGACACUUCCUUCAGUAAGUUAUUGGUCAGCCCAGAGGGAGCUGUUUUAAAUGCUAUUAAUACUGUGGUUAACCCUGUUGCAAAAGUGGUGUCACAAUCCUCUCUAACUCAUGUCUUGGGGAAUUCAAGUGCUGCUGUAGUCUUCCCUGCAUUUAAGGCAUCUGAAGUAGUCGACCCUAACAGAACAGUUUCAGCAUCUUCCAAUCUUUGAACUACAACUGCCAGAUAGCUAAGUAAUUGGGAAUCUAAGAACUUUAAAUAGAAUUGGAAUCUUUCUCCAAUUAUGUUUUGAUUUUUGGGGAUAAGGCACAACUUAUUAAUAGUAACUGAUGUCUGAGAGGCACAAGUAUUUAUUUAGUCUGCAAAGAUGUUUUCCCUGUGUUGUAUCUGUGAAAUCUGUGUAUUUCAAUGUACAAAAACAAUGUUAAAAAUUGUAAGACAGCAAAUUUGAAUGAACUUGUAAAUUUCUCCUGGUUUAUAAUUUUAACAAAAGCAUAGCAAUUUUAGUGAUUGCCUACUGUGCACUCAAAAGCUUCUUGCACACUUGCAGUACAACCUGUAUCAAUGUCUACAUCUUUGGUGUGCUGCAAUGUUCUACUUUUAAGUGAUUUUUUAAAAAAAAAGUGCUGUCAAAAAAAGCGUACAACUUGUUUAUAUGCUAUUGCUUCCUUUUUAAGUAUUUAAUAUAGAAAACUUCUGCAGUCUGUUGUACAGUUGUAAAUACUUUUGAACUCAAAGUUGUACUAAAGUGAAUGUAUAAAAGAAUUUUGCUAAUUUAUUUGUUUCUUGUUUAUAUAAUGUAUAGGUUUUUAAGCUGUUUAGUAGCUUUUACGGACCAGUGUUUAGAAAAAUGCAGUAAAAUCUGCAUGAUUAAAAAUGUGUGCAAUUGUUAUUUAAGUGCUUCUUAUAUUGUUUUUAUUUCAAUUCAAGUUCCCCCCACCCAGCUAUAAUUCAAUGUUAAUUUAUUUCCAAGGCUGCAGCAACAAUUGCUGGCUUAGAGUUUGACUAAGUAGGUUGGGUUAUGUAUCUCUCCACUUCCUUGCAGUUGGAUUUUGGAGGGGAAGACUUCCGACUUUUAAUAACUUUAAUAAAGCUGUGCAUUUUUAUUCUA